AUGGCCAAAGUUUCCAGCAAGAAGACCUCGGUCAAGAAGACCGAGUCUCCCAAGACCACCAAGUCAAUCCCUCCUCAGCUGAUCGCCUCAGUCGCGGCUUUCUUGUCGGACAAUUUCCCUGAGACCAGCACCGCAUUCACCAAGGAAGCGACAAAGUCGCUCAAGAAGAGCGAUGCGAAAAACGUGCCCUCUCUCUUGGAACUCUUCCAGGCCUCCGAGCAGGGUUCUGGCGUGAAGAAGUCCGCUAGCCCCAGCUCUUCUUCCAGCUCAAGCAGUAGCUCUGAUAGUGACUCGGAUGUUGAGAUGGGCGAGGCCACUCGUUCAUCCUCUCCGUCUUCUUCGUCUUCCUCCUCCUCCUCCUCCUCUUCCUCUAGCUCUGACAGCGAUGCGGAUGAUGAGGAUGAUGAUGAGUCUCCUGCUGCCCCCGCCCCGGUUCAGAAGUCUGCCGGCGUGAAACGCAAGGCCGAGUCUAGCAGUGAGUCUAGCAGCUCUUCUGACUCGUCCUCUUCGUCCGAAGAUGACAGCCCUAAGGCCAAGAAGGCCAAGACCGCUGCCACCCCCAAGGAGGCUUCCUCCUCUUCGUCCUCGUCUUCGGAUUCUUCCAGCUCUGACUCCGAUUCCUCGUCGAGCUCUUCUUCAUCCGAUUCGUCCUCUGAUUCCUCGUCUGACUCUUCUUCCGACUCCUCUUCCGACUCAUCUUCUGACUCCUCCUCUUCCGACUCCUCCUCCGACUCUUCCUCCGACUCUUCUUCCGAGUCCGAGUCCGAGAAGGAAUCCAAGAAGACUCUGAAGAAGGCAACGAAGACUCCCCUCCCCGAGUCUGACUCUUCUGACUCGGAACCUUCAUCCUCAUCCGACAGCAACACCCUCGCCGCUUCUCCAGAGACCGAGACCAAGCCAACCAAGAACCCCGUGGAGGCCGUGCAGACCACUUCCUCGAGCGCCAGCCCCGCUCCUGGCAAGGGACCCGCCAAGAAGAAGCACACCGGAGCUCGCCCCACCCCUCUGGCCCUCCUGAGCGAGUUGCCCCAUGACCACCCGUCGAACGACUACAUGUCUUAUGCCUACGCAGAGCGCGCCUGGAAGGACCUGUCCGUGACCCGUGGCAAGGGAUUCACUAAGGAGAAGAACAAGAAGAAGCGUGGCUCCUACCGUGGCGGUCCCAUCGAUAUCGGCCCCGCAACCACUUCGUUCAAGUUCGAGGACUAA